UUUAGAUCAGUGUCAGUCUAGGCACUCAGCCACCAUAUACUACUACAAGUCGGUGUCAAGAUGACAUUUUGGCAGGAGAACUAUGGGUUCAUCAAGGAGGUGUACGACACCAGGUACAGCAAGAUGGUGGAGUGGAUGGAUAAUAUAGAGAUGGCCAUCCAGAAGGUUUGCGCCAGCAAGGUCUACACCUCUGCAGAGUUCAAGAGGGAGAAGGAUAACUUUCAGUCUCUUUGCAAAAAUCUGGAGAGAGCGGAGACCAAGAAAUGGCUGACUGAAACUUUAGAAACUCUGAUGAAGGAAAGAGCUCCUGAUGAGCAAAAAGAAGAGAGCAAGAAAUUAAAGCUGAUCAUGGAAAGACAUAAAACUUUGAUUCCCAAGAUUCAGGAAACUUUGGUGAAGACAGAAUGCUACUGGAAGUGCUACUCCUAUGGUGAUGAUCUUAUUCCCAUUUUUGAAUUUAUUGAUGACUUGAGAAACAGAUCAGUCAAGGAACUUCUUAGCGGUAACAGUGAACAGACUGAGGAGCAUAUUGAGAAGCAGGAUAAGGUCGUGAACAGCUUGGAGAACAAGAGAAAGAUGGUUCUAGACUUCAUUGCCAAGGGAGAGAAGCUUAUGCAGGAUCAGAACUGUCCCAAGUUCCUUGAGGGUCAUGUCAAGAAGCUUAGAGAAGCAUGGGAAGACACCAAUGAGAAGGCUCAGAUCAGAAAGAAGGCCCUGGCUGACAAUCUUAGCUCAUGGGAGAUCUUUGAGGACAAGAAGAUUGAAUGCCACAAACAUCUGGAUACUGCAGAUGCUGAGUUUGAACAAAUCAAAAAGAUCUUUGAUCUUUCUGCAGGUCCUGCUGAUUACAACAUGAGAAUGAAAACUGCAGCCAACUAUAGACACACAAUUGAGGAUGUUUACAACACUGUUAGUAAUGCCAAUGCAACCCUUCAACAAAUGUUACCUGAAGAUCGUAAGGCAGGCAUGAACGAUGAAGUUAAGGAGCUCACUGUCAGAAUUGAUAUCCUUGCAAAGACGGAUGAACGUCUCCUCUUUAUCGAUGACUUCAACAAGAGGCUGGCUGUGUGGAAUAUUGCUGUUACUGAUCUGGAAGAGUGGUUGGAUGAGGGCAGAAAGAGGUUGGACACCAUCAAAAAUCCAACUGAUGUCCUGAGCCCUGAAGACAGAGUCACUAAGUCUAUGGAGGUUCAGGAAGAUAUCAGCAAAAAAUCCGACUUCUGCAACAAACAAGAAGCAGAGAAAACUGAAAUCUUCCCCAAGCAGGGAGAGAAGGUUUCAUCAGAUGCCAAGAAGUUUAUUGAAAGGCUGAAGAAUGUUAGAAAUGAAUUGAACAAGCUUGAUGAUGAGGUGAAGGCUGAAUGUGCCAAGUUCAGUGAGGAUGUUAAAUACUGGGCUGAGUUCCAGACUGGUAUUAAGGCAUUUGAUCCUUGGCUGAAGAAGGCUGAGAAGAGGAAGGUUGAAGGACUGAAGACUCCCAAGUCCCUAGUAGAGGCUUGUGAGAUUCUUGGAGAUGCUAAGAAUUUCCAAGAGGAGUGUGAAACUAAACUCCAGAUUUUGGAAGAAGCCACAGUUUCAGCACAGAAGAUGGCUUCACACACUGAUGCAGAUGACAAGGUUGCUGGCUACCGCAGUCGGUGGUUAGCAGUUCAUGAGACUACAAAGGAGUGGGUUGCCAGGAUGACAACUCUAGUAGAGUGCUGGAACAAGCUUGAUGGUAACGUUGGUGAACUGAGUUCCUGGGUUUCAACUAAGGAUUCUGCAGCUCCUGAUGGUAGCUCUGAGAUCUCAAUUGAGAAGCUUGAAACCCAACUUGUUACUCUGAAAACUAUGUUUGCUGAGAAACAACGUCUUGUAGCAGAUCUUGAAGCUUAUGGAUCAGGAACAGGAACAGAAAAGCCAGCAGAAGCAGCUAAACCUGUUGAGGGAGAGGAAGCAGCUAAACCUGAGGAAGCUGCUCCUGCAGCAGUAGCAGAGGAACCUGCAGCAGAACAACCAGCUGCUUAAUUCAAAAGAAGUAGGAAGGAGACUUUUCCAGGCCAAUAAGAAGAGUAAAAGUCGAAAGUUUUUAUGAACAUUGAAAACAUCACAAUAGUUUCUUAACUUCAAUGUUAACGAAGCAGCUUCUGUAAAAAACAUUGUAUGUUUUCUCAAUUAAAAAUUGUAAAUUAUUAAAUCAAAAUAUUAAAGGAAAAGUGAUUUGUCAUCUUUCAAAAUUUACGAUUCUACCCCCCGCCCCCCCUUGCAAUGUCUGUAGGACAGCUAAGCUCAUAGUAUCCUAUAGGUAAGUGACAGUAUAAGUUUUGUACCAGGUUUUAACAAAUGUAAACUCUCAAACCUGAUCAAACUGUAAACGUACAAUUUUGUUAAACACAUAUUGUUAUAUAUAUAUAAUUUGUAAUACUACUAUUUCAUCCGUUCAAACAGCUCGUUAAUAAACUUAAUAAUUUGUGUCAUUAAA